UUUUUGUUUAGGUUCUUGACUGUGGUCACUUCUGGGCUCUGUAUGCUGAUGACAUUAAUCGAUCAAACCUAGCAUAUAUUGAAGAAACAAUCAACAUGUAUGGUGGGAAAAAUUUGCAGGUUCUCAAGUCUCCUCCUGAACCUGGUAUGCUUGUUCUGGCUCCUUAUGUAGAUGGUAGAGGUAUCUGUUUCUAUCGAGCACGCAUUGAAGAUGUCAUGUCAGAUAGGGUUUACGUUUUCUUUGUUGAUUAUGGUAACACUGCUUGUAUCAAGAACUUGAAUGAUAUUUAUGACAUUGAUCCUGAAAAGACUCCAGACCUGCUGACCACUCCAGCUCAGGCUUUUGAGUGUGUCUUGAGUGAAGUACGCCCUUCUGCUCUCAGGUCACCUCGAGGACAAUGGACAAAAGAAGCUCGUGACUGGUUUAAAACUCAGAUUGAUGGACAGGAUCUUGUAGCAAGGGUAUAUUCAGUUGUGCAGAAUGUGGUACGGUUAGAGCUAGUGAAGGUUCUUCCCAAUGGACAGGAAAUGAGCAUCAACAAAAAGUUAAUUGAUUAUCAGUUUGCUGAAGCAUCUGAGGAGAGCUAUCUUUCAAAGCAAAACCACGAACUUCGCACCAACCUCCAGAUGUUCUCAACCUAUAAUAUUUUGCCCCCAAGCUCUGAUGUAGAGGAAGGAGGUUUUGUGCACCUCCCCUUUAAACAAGAGUUCCAAGAGAAACCAUCAAUGUGGACAACUAAAGUGGUUCGUUAUAUAAAUUUACUUCUGGUUUAUAUUGUAACUAGCAUAUAG